AAUAAUUAUAAAUUUUUACUUAAAAUUAAAAAUUUUGAGGUUAAACUUAGGAAAAACAAGACUUGUCACUUAUUAUAUAUUUAUGAUUUAAAUUUAUCCCUUUAAUAUAGGAGAUAUAUAUUUUGUCUUGAGAAUAGUAGAAAAAUAUAGUAAAUAAUUAAUAGCCGUUUCAAGUUUACUAUUUUAAUUCUUUCGACAUGUUCGCUUUAAAAGAUUGUUUCAUGAAACCACUGGUAAGAUUUAAUUCAUCGUCGGCUGCAACUGAGUUUUUUAAUAGGAACCCUCGAAACUUGGAAAGAAUGCGUAUUGGACGAAAACCUGAUGGAUAUCAUUUAGAAAAACCUGGUAGAAAAUUCUGGCACAAACUUGAAGUAAAAGGUUCUAAUCGAACAGUAACAGCACAAGUAGUGCACUAUCUUAAUGGUCCAGUGGUUGAAGCUAAAACUUCAGAAUGGGCCCUCAGAAAGCAAUUAUACAGUAUGGUCGACACAAGUGCAUAUAUGAACUUGGGAAGAGUACUUGCACAACGAUGCCUUGAGUGUGGAAUAUCAGAAAUAUAUUGUGAUCUGAAACCGCAAGAAGGUAGUAAAAUUGAAAAGUUCCUGAAAGAAUUUGAAAAUGGAGGGAUCAAUUUGUCAGAGUUAGAUGUGUAUAAGAAUCCACAACCAUGGGAUCAAUUUAGGCCAGAGAAGCCUUGGGAAGUCAUAGAAGAAUAAUGGGCUUUAUGUUACAGAAUAGAAAUUAGUAAUACAUAAUUAUUUGUUUUUUAAA